AGGAGCAACACAACUAUUCUUAGACCUUUGUUGUGCUGACAGCCCUCUGCAUCUGACGACAUGUGGAAGGUUAAACCUCCAGUUGCAUUUCCUAAGGAGAUGAGGUACCGGCCAAUUUUAGAGAGUUUGGUUCCGCCUGACCCCAUGUCCCAGUUCCACCUAAGGAGAGGUUCUCCUGAGGAGGAAUUCCCUGACCUGUGCAGGAACUCUACCUGGAUGGGACGGAUCCUCACGCCGGCCAUGUACCACCGACAGUUUAACCGCUGCACCCAGAGUGGAGUAAUCUUCGAUGACGUCAUUCGUCCGGGCCUUGAGGAACCAGGUGACUGGCCAGGUCCUGUGUCUGUCGGCUGUGUUGCGGGCGAUGCUCAGUCUUACAUUUUGUUCUGUGACUUCUUCGACCGAGUCAUCGAAGCGUAUCAUGAACACAAGAUCACCAGCCAGACGCCAGAGAGUGACUUCAACUACGACAAUCUGAAGGGGGGCGAUGACUUGGACAGGUCAUACGCUGCACGCUGUGAGGUCAGUGUUAUUCGAGGUGUUGAUGACUUCUGCUUCCCAACACACUGCAGCCGAGGAGAGCGCAGGCAGCUCCUCACACUGGCCAGGAAAGCUUUGCAGCGGCUGGAGGAGGAGGAGCUAUCAGGUCAACUGUUCUUACUGGAAGAGCUGAACCAGGAGCAGCAGAGGGAACUAACCCUGAAGCCUCCAUCUUCCUCCCAGCUACGUAUUGGUCUGGCCCGGGACUGGCCUGAUGCCAGGGCAGUCUGGGUCAGUAAAGAUAGCAGUCUGGUGGUCUGGAUCAACAUGGAGGACCACCUCAGGCUGGUGUCCAAACGAGAAGAUGCCAACGUGGCUGAAGCUUUUAGAUGCAUCUGCAACAACCUGCAGAAGCUGGAGGACUACUACAGACAGCUCAGACACCCCUUCAUCUGGAAGCAGCAGCUGGGAUGGGUGACGAGCUCCCCGGCUCAUGUCGGAACAGGUCUGAAGAUUAGUGUGUAUCUUAAACUGCAACACCUCCCCAAACACAAACGCCUGCAGGACGUCCUGAAGAGGCUGAGGAUCUGCAUGGACAAAACAGAAUCCCCGGAGCUGUAUCGUGUGAGCAAUGUGCCGACCUUUGGCCAGAGUGAGGUGGGCCUGACCCAGCUGGUGGUGGACGGUGUCAAACUGCUUGUCUCCAUGGAGACGAGGCUGGAGGUCAACCGAGACAUUGAUGAGCUCGUUCCUACACAGAAGUAGAUGUGGAUGAUAAGUUGUUGGUCAGAUGGACUGACCAAUCAGAUGGAGGCUUGUAACUCAGUCCACUACAGUAGAUAAUGAGACCAUGUGUAGUAGGGUUAGGGUCACUGUCUGUCACUGUCUGGCUCUUUAAGUUUCUAUAAAAUCAUUUUAAAAAAUUACAAUAAAUUCAACGUGUGAUUAAGUGA